AAGAUGGCUGCUUCAACCUGUUGUCCUGAAGCAGGUUAACGUGGAAGUAGCAUUAAAGCAUCCCCGGAUCGCCGUCGUCUCGCGAAGUCGCGAGGUUGCGCGGCUGCCAGCACGAACUGGUACGAACACGCUGGCACAGCGCUGCCGCUUGUUUGGGUUCACCUAUCUGACGCUGACGCAUUUUCUCAGCGGCUGUAGCGAGCUUAACACCUGUGUGAACUUUGCUCAUAGAUCGAACAAGUCCAAAGCUGUCAAUCGACGACUUCUUGGUGUCAGCUUGUCUUUUCGAGUUGGAACUUCGCGGACAUGGACCACACUAACAGACUAAACAGUAAUGAAACAACUCCUGAUAACAGACUUGGACUUCCAUCUGGACCGCUACCGAAUGAUCAGUCCAUGCUGAUCCCUGACUUGGUGAUGCAUCCACCCCCGCCUCCUACAAUGGUCCAUCAAAAUGAAGUUUCUCUGCACCAACAGUUUCAAGGGAACUAUUACCUUCAUCACCAACAACCUAACCCUCACAAUCAGGGGUUUCCUGUUUCUUCUCAAGUAGCACAAUACCCAUCAAUGAUGCUCCAAAGUGGAAAUCCGUCUAUCUUAAUGAAUACCUUCAAUCCGAUGGCAAGUUACCCACCUGCAUACCAGCAAGCUGAAAACUGUAACAGCGAAUUCAACAACAGCAGGAUCGUGGAGAACCAAGCUACCUGUGAACUGCCAAGCAUGGAAGUGUUUACCGGCAACUACGACUUUCAUGUCCAUGUUGCUCGUACUUUGGAUGACAGUAAAAGAUCUGCUUGGGAGUUCUCGGAAGUCUUGAAUAAAUUGUUUGUGAUGGAGGGUCGGAAUGUACCAAUGCAGUUCAAGGUUAAAAAUAUCAACCCUUCCAUGUAUGUUCGUGCUGUUGGCAUCUACUGUGACCCCGAUUCUUCCAACAAACCUGUGCUCAGAUGUCCUAAUCACCUGAGAAUUGAUGAGCCUCUAAACAUAGAUUACAAAUUCAUUGAUCACGUCAUUCGAUGCAACAACCAACAAGUGAGCUAUGAAAAAGAUCCUCGUAGUGAGCGACGUAGCGUUUCCGUUCCUCUUGGUGUGCCUCAGCCUGGCUCAGAGUAUGUGACCGUGCUAUACGCCAUGAUGUGCCGGAGCAGCUGUAUCAGUGGCAUAAACCGCCGGGGAUUGGCUAUCGUCUUUACCUUGGAGAUCGAGGGCAGAGUCUUAGGCCGCCAAGUGAUAGCUGUCAGGGUGUGUGCAUCGCCCCACAGAGACAGAUUGCUGGAGGAGAGGAGACUGAGCAAGGGAGAGGCCAGCGCUCUCCUUGUUAAGAAUGAAGGGCCAAGUGUCCCAAAUGGUGUCUCAGCUGACUCCCCAUCUGACCCUAUCGGCCCUCUCGACCAAAUGUAUUUUGUUCCUGUGAAUAACUGUGAUGACUAUGUGGUGUUGGCUCGACUGGCCUUGGAUUUGGUCAAGAAAGACUACCCUGAGGGCCCAGUGAAAGAAGCAGAGAUUCAAAGGUACCAAUCUAUCCUCAACACAAUGGGUGACAAUCAGCAUUGAAGCGAUGAAAUCAAAACUUGCAAUUGGCAUUUUUAACUUUUGUUCAAACAAAUGUAACAAUUUGCACAUAAAUUACAUCGAUAUCAUUUUGAAGAAAUGCAACGAGACCUGGAGUUUGCAACAGCAAUUAUAAAUUACGGACAUAAUUCAACUUAAA